AUGUAUACAGCGGACGGCAAUACAAUAGUCAAUGACCGAAUUCUCGAUCCUGCGAGCCAGGAAAAGCAAUCAUCUGGAGAUGCUGGAAUUGAAGCAGAUGAACUAAGCUUGGGAACUGCAGCUUGCGCCAUCGGGGGAAGCAUGGCAGCCGAGAAGUACAUCAGGCAGCCUGUUUCCGACAGCCAUGUGAUUAUUGGCCUCGAUAUAGACGGGACUGCAGCGCAUUGCGAUGAAGGCGAGCUACAGCGCCGUGAUGCGGAGAGCCUGUCAGCAUCCCUUAAACUUCGUCAAAAAAGAUCAUUGGCGCGUUCAAUCUCACCCGCAUCUCAAGUCAGUGAGAAGCAAUCGUCAUGCAGCCCGACUGAGGCAGAUACAGGGUUCUGUCCAGUGUCGGACCAGCCCCCAGCGUUGGAUCACUCUCCUGUGUUGGAUCAGUCCCCAGUGUUGGAUCAGUCCCCAGUGUUGGAUCAGUCCCCAGUGUUGGAUCAGUCCCCAGUGUUGGAUCAGUCCCCAGUGUCAGAUCAGUCCCCAGUGUUGGAGAAGCCGUCGGUCGUCAUCUACAAUCUUCGUCCCCAAGUGCGAGGAACUAAGGACUCUGUCACAGUAACCCGAAUGGGCUCUCCGAACAGAAAGCGAUACCGGAAUGAAUAUCUACCUGAUGACAGCAGCGAUGACCCUGAUAACUCCGACGAUGCCGACUACGGGCGUGAAAGUAGUGGUGAAAAUGCACGCGGAAACAGUGUUCCCUCCCGUCGACUCAAGAGAGCAAGGCGACCUGCGGUGCGGCUUAAGCCUAGACCUCCCCGGCACAACACUACACGCAUCGCAGUCAAAGAGGCGGUUCAGACCAAAGUGGUCGCAGAUCAGACUUCCCCAACAAGCUUGCACGAUAUCGAAACGAUUCCUAUCCGUGGUUUCCUUACACGGCAGAUACAUUUGUCAAGGGUCAUAUAUUCAGUUACCUUUGAAGAGCAGGCGGAGCAUUCCUGCUCUCAGAGAUCAGGCAGAGCUACAUCACAAUAUGAAAACAAAAUUGGCAGCCAGCAUUACAAGCAACCCCCCCAGAAAGGAUCCCGCACUGGGAAAGCGACUGGGCCAAUCCGAAUCCUGUCUAAGGACGACCAGCUUUUGAUUGAAUUGAAGGAAGAGCAGAGAUUGCCGUGGAAGCGAAUUGCAGAGUAUUUUCCUGGAAGGUCGGUAGGCUCCCUCCAGGUGCGCUAUUGCACACGCCUCAAGGACCGCAAGACUGCAAAUUCUAAUCAUUCUGGGCGGAGUUCCAACGCGAGGAGCGAUUCUUCAUACAGAGGCGCACCUGCCGAGGCAGUUCAAGCAGCGGGUGGCAAGAGCAAAGGCACCGAAAAAGGUGUGUCAAGAGAGCGAUACGGUCCACCUCGGCGCAGGCAAACGGUGGACCGCUAUUCCCCGGUUUGA